AUGCUUGCUUCCACCUUAGCUGUCUUCAGUCUCUUGACAGCUGUGCACGCUGCCACCGGAAAUGCCAACACCACUGCCAUAUGUAAUUCCCUUUUGUCCGCUCUUCCUACCGAUAUCUUCUGGCCCGAAAGCCUGACUUACAAUGCCUUAAUUACAUCCUACCCAUUUCUCCAACUGAGACUUCAUCCAAGAUGUAUAGUCCGACCAAAAUCCGCAGAAGAUGUGUCAACCGCAGUGAAGAUUCUCAGCAAGCAUCCUGAAGUCAAGUUCGCCAUCAAAGGAGGAGGACACAACGCUAAUGUCGGAUUCAACAACGUUGAUGAUGGCGUCACAAUCGACAUGCAAAGUCUUAACCAAGUGAACAUACCGCAAAAGGGAGUCGUCACUGCUGGCGCUGGAGCUCUAUCUCAAGAUGUAUAUGAUGUAACAGACAGGCACAAUAUAUCAGCGAUGGUAGGCCGCGUCGGAGUAGUAGGAAUUGGCGGAUUUUUGACAGGAGGUGGUGUGUCGUUCUUCUCGCCCGAACAGGGAUGGGCAGCGGAUGCGAUCAUCAACAUGCAAGUCGUCCUUUCCUCUGGCGCAAUCGUCAACGCCAACCAGACGUCCAAUAGCGACCUCUUCACUGCCCUCAAAGGAGGCCAGAACAAUUUCGGUAUUGUUACUCGAUUUGAUCUGCGCUCUUUUGCCGCUGGUCCCAUCUGGGGCGGACGCAUCACUUACGGCAACGGGACUGAAGACGCACUGCUCCGUGGCUUCACAAAGUUCAAGGGUCCCUCAAACUAUGAUCCAUAUGCUUCCGGUUGGUUGACGUUCGACUACAAUGGGGCACGUCCGAAACUUGUAACCCCAAUUAGUAUCAUGUGGUACACCAAGCCAGAACAGCAACCGGGCGUACUCGGUAACAUCACGAAUGUCAAGCCUAAGCUGGCAGAUAGUACAUUGAUAGCUCCAAUUGGAGAAUUUGCGAGGAAUGCGUCAAUGGCAGUCAAAGGUUCGCCAAAGCGAACGAUAUGGGCAACAACCACGUUUCGCAUAUCUCCCACCAUUGUGCACAAUAUACACAGACUGUGGAAAGAUCUUGUGCCCAAGAUUUGUGAUCAAUAUCCCGGUGUUUCCUCGCAAUUGACUUUCCAAGCCACAAUGCCUGCCCCGAAAACAGGAACUCCACCGAAUUCUCUGGGCUUUACGUCCCUAGAAAGUCCAGAAAAAGACUUGGUCUUCCUCCAGAUAGUGUUUACUUUCACAGAUUCUAGUGCGACAGAGGGUCUGCAGAGCGCACUGAAAGAUUUUGUUAGAAUAUUCAAUGCAGCAGCCGAAGACGAGGGGGUCAAACACCGAUUUGUGUAUCUCAAUUUCGCUGCGUCAUUCCAAGAUCCAUUUGCAGGGUAUGGCGCAGAUUCUUUGAGUCUUCUAAGAAGAGUGGCGAGGAAGUAUGAUCCGCAAGGUGUCUUCCAGAGACAAGUGGGUGGAUUCAAGGUUUUUAACGGAACAUCUAAGCCUUCUUCUAACUGGCACCAUCGUUAUUGA